GGAGGGAGCCGAGGGAUUGAAGAGAAGGAGGUGGAGGUGCUUGCUGGUCCGGGAAGUCGGGGAGAGCAGCAAGAGAUGGAUUUCUUGCGGGGAUUUUGGCUCCUCUGUGUCGCCGCCUCCUGCGCCCGGGGAGACAGCAAAACCAGGAGCUGCACCGAAGUCCGGCAGGUUUACGGGGCCAAGGGCUUCAGCCUGAGCGGAGUGCCCCAGGCAGAGAUCUCCGGGGAACACCUGAGAAUCUGUCCACAAGGCUACACCUGCUGCACUAGCGAGAUGGAGGAGAACUUUGCAAACAAAAGCAAAAGUGAAUUUGAAGGCAUGCUGAAAGACAACAGCCGUUCCAUACAAGUAAUCCUCACGAUACAGUUCAAAAACUUUGAUGGUUACUUUCAGGAUUUGUUGAACAAGUCGGAGAAGUCUCUCCAUGAAACGUUUCCUACCAUGUACGGGGAUCUGUACAGCCAGAAUGUCAAGCUCUUCAGGGACUUGUACACCGAGCUGCGACGUUACUACCGGGGUUCCAACAUCAACCUGGAAGAAGCCCUGACUGAGUUCUGGACCCGGUUGCUCGAGCGACUCUUUAAGCUGCUGAACCCCCAAUACCUCAUCACCGAUGAUUACCUGGACUGCAUGGGGAAGCACUCAGAGCAGCACAAGCCUUUCGGGGAAGUCCCGCGGGAACUGAAGCUGAAAGCCACCAGAGCCUUCAUUGCGGUGCGUUCCUUCGUUCAGGGCCUCAGCGUCGGCGGCGAUGUGGUCAAAAAGGUGUCUCAGGUCUCCUUCGGCCAAGAGUGCACCCGGGCCAUCAUGAAGCUGGUGUAUUGCUCUCACUGCCUGGGCAUGCCAAGCAUUCUGCCGUGCAACAACUACUGCCACAACGUCAUGAAGGGCUGCCUGGCAAACCAGGCUGAUUUGGACACCGAGUGGAGGAACCUCAUUGAUUCAAUGCUGCUUGUGGCGGACAAGAUUGAUAUACCAUCCAAUGUGGAGACUGUCAUUGGUAACAUUCACACGAAAAUCUCAGAAGCCAUUUCUACCAUGCAAGAAAACAAAGAUGCGAUAACCACCAAGGUUUUUCAAGGGUGUGGAAAUCCUAAAGUCAAUUCAAAGGGGUCAAGCGGAGAGGAAAAGAAACGGAGAGGCAAAUCAGUGACAGAAGAAAAGUCUUCGGGAGUUGGUCUAGAGAAACUAAUUUCAGAUGCCAAAGGAAAGCUGAAAGACAUUAAAGACUUCUGGGUUGUUCUUCCAAGUCUACUCUGCAGUGAAAAGGUAGCAGUAGGAUCCGUCAACAAUGACAAGUGCUGGAACGGAAUGACCAGGGGGCGAUAUUUGCCAGAGGUGAUGGGUGAUGGUCUGGCCAAUCAGAUUAACAAUCCUGAGGUAGAGGUUGACAUCACUAAACCAGAUAUGACUAUUCGACAACAGAUCAUGCAGCUAAAGAUCAUGACCAACCGACUGCGCAAUGCCUACAAUGGGAACGAUGUGGAUUUUCAGGACACAAGUGAUGACAUCAGCGGUUCUGGCAGUGGGGAAGGCUGCCUCGAUGAAAUGUGUGUCAGAAAAGUCAACAGGAGCCCCAGUACCAGGCAGCCAGAAACGCACGCAAUUCCCAACCAGUCAGACCGGAAAACGAACGGAGCCAGCAGCCACUUCCUGCCUUCUUCCUUUGUCCUCUUCCUUUCGUUGACCGUUGUUGCAACACGAUACUUGUGGCGGUAACUUCUUCCCACAGCCAUGAGAGAGGGACUAUGGCUGAGGGCUUAACUUUGCCAAAAAGGAAAAUGGACACUAUUUAAUUCAUCUUGGCAAAAUGAGAAAAUGUGGGUGGGGAGGGGGAGGGGGAGAAGGUCUUUGAUUGUUUGUGAUAUACGGCAGUGCUAGAGCUGGUCUGUUUUUUUUUUUUUCUUCUUGGUCUUUUUUGAAUGCUCGGCCCGUCUUUCCAUACCUCAUUUUUUAAAUUUCAUUCUUUUGACACAAUGAGGCUUCCUGGGGGCUUUAGCAAGGCCUGUGUAGAUUGGGGUAAUGGGAAGGAAAAUUCUCUUCAGAAGGACACCAUUUCAGUGACUGCAAUGGAAUAUGCAAAUGUCCGAUGUUGCUAUAAGAUCUCAUAUGGUAAUGCUAUUUAACACAUUAACGUGGAAUGCACUAAAGAGGUAUAGAGUAAUAAAAGUUGUAAUUUACGGCUGAUGGCAUUAGCACUUAGAGGUGCUGUGUUUAGAGGCGAGGGGGCUUAAUAGUUUUCCACUCUACUUCUGAACAGGAGCACAGAUGAUCCUUUGUUCAUUCUUUCAAGCAGAAAUUCCAACAAAUGCCUUUGGCUAGCAUAAAACCAAUUCUCAAGGUCAUUCAGUAUCCUAGAGGCUGGUAUAUGGAAACACAAAUAUACUACUCUUCAAAUUCUGAGAAAACAAACUCCUCUCUGUAGUCAGAUUUAAAUUAGGAGUGCUUCAGAAGCAAUUGACUUUACUUCUACCUUAAAGAGACUGGGAGUGCGAGUUUGAUUUUUUUGCAUGGUAUAUCUUGAAAAUCACUUAAGAUCUUCAUGAUGGUUGGUCUACAUUAUUAGUGCAAUUCCGUAGUAGUCAACAAUAAGAUCAGAUAUGCAUGAACUGUCCUUCAACAGAAUUUUUGCUAGAAACAAGUCAGAAAUCCUUGUUUUUAAUAACAUUGAUGACAACCUUUUGCCAAUAUGUGUAAGGUCAAAGGGAUAACUCUUCUUUGAAGUCUUGCGAAUUAAUCUAUGUGUUCUCUAGUGAAGUUCUGUAGUAACUGGAUUGAAAGGUGAGACAGCUAUACUUUUUAAACUGUAAUUUGUUAAUCAGAAAGAGUGCAAUUUUGCUGCACCACCUGGUUUUCAGGGAAUGCCUGCUGUGUAAUCCAGUUCCACAGCUGGGCUCACAAGGCCACAAAUCUGUCUCAGUGACUUGCCUCUGGUCCCACAGAGAGGCAAAGCACCCGGUUGCACCAAGAAAGUAACCAGGACCUUGUUGGGCUUGCUAGACUUUCAUUAGGUUAAAUUGUGUUCUCCCAAGCGCUUAGUACAGUAAGGGCUCAAUAAAUACGAUUGACUGAUAGAUUCUAUUCUCAUGGAUAUACAUCUCCUCUUGCUAGACUUUCAUUAGGUUAAACUGUGCUCUCCCAAGCACUUAGUACAGUAAGGGCUCAAUAAGUACGAUUCUAUUCUGACGGAUAUACAUCUCCUCCCAUGGUCUUUCUUUUUUGGGGGGAGCCAUGAAUUCUGAAUCGCCAUCGCAUGUUACUUGAGUGUCAGGAGUGGAUUCAGCUAUCAAGAUUGCAUUUUUUAAAUAUAUACAUAUAUAUAUAUAUAAAAUAAAGAGAUAUAUAUCUGUGGAGAUGUCUGCAUUUAUGGAGGUUUGUACUUAAGUCUGAUUGAACCCCAUAUUGCUCAACAGGUGAUGUUUCUCAAACAUCUUCUACCAAGUAUUACUGCCAAUCCUAGUUUACAUUCAACUCAUAAAGUCACAAUAGACUUUUAUUAUGGCAUUCAGAAAUCCUAAGUUGGGACUCUGCUCUGAUUAACUUUGUCUAAUAUUGGGAGGAUAUUCUUUGAGGGAGGGGAACCACAUAUUUUGUUUAAGAGCUUUUGUAGGCUCUGGAUGAACUUUCAAAUAGAUAUGGUCUGUGGCUUUUGUUCCGAAAAGUGUUUUGAAAAUCAUUUCCAUUUCAGCUUGAGAUAAAGAAUUCAGUUUACUCAGGAAUGGUUUAUUGAAUGUGCAUUGUGGGGUCAGGAAGUAAAAUCAAAAUGGUAUUUCCUGGAAAUUUUAACUCACCUAUUUUCAGGCAAGAGAAUUAAAAGAAGCAGCUGAAACUGGUGAGAGAAACGAAAGGCACAUCAUGCUAACAUUCCGCCUGACUUUGUCAUUGCCCUUAUGGAUGUAAGCUCCCUUCCUACCUCCAUGUAGUGAAAUCGGGCCCUAAUUAUUAUUUUUGACUGCUGAUGUGGCAGUUAAUUUUGCCAUUCCUGCCAUCAUCCUAAGCAAGUGAACAGAUAUUUUCAGCCACUGUCCAAUGUCUUCUCAUUCUGUUCAAAACAGCAAUGGCUUUUGCCCAUUUGGGCAUCAUUCUGAACCAGAGAGUAUGGUAUUUUAUUUUAACUUAAAACAUCACCUGAAAGAGAGCGAAUGUAGUGAGGGGAUUAAUCUCAUCACGAUAUUUCAUUAGUUGUCCCAGGCUGGAAAUUACAGGGGGGGCACGGAUAUUGCUACAAACUUGGUUUUGGCCUACUGUAUGGUUUUCAUUCAAGCUGUAAAUUUAAAUAAGCUUCAGCUCAAUGAAUGAGCAAUGAGGGCCCACUCUUUGCCUACCUUGUACAUAGCUAAUCAAGUUCCCCUAAGACUUCCCUGCUCAUUUUAAAUAACUCAACAAGCUAGAAUCGAAAAGAAAAUGAAAUAUAUUGUGCAUUGAGCAAGGAGAUGUGUCUCCCCCUUGUGAGAAAAUACAUUUCAAAAACUAAAUUGGAUUGCCCCAUUCAGUGUUCUUUCAGUCUAGAAAGAAGUUUCAAGUUCUUCAAGUUCUUUCAAGUUUCAGCUCAAUGACUGAGCAAUGAGGGCCCACUCUUUGCCUACCUUGUACAUAGCUAAUCAAAUUCUCCUAAGACAUCCCUGCCCAUUCUAAAUAACUCAACAAGCUAGAAUCGAAAGGAAAAUGAAAUAUAUUUUGCAUUGAGCAAGGAGAUGUGUCUCCCCCUUGUGAGAAAAUACAUUUCGAAAACUAAAUCGGAUUGCCCUAUUCAGUGGUCUUUCAGUGUAAUCAGCUGAUGCUAUGAAAGGUGGACAAUUGUUUUAGGUCACAGAUGAGAAACUUAUGAAGUCCAUUUAUCAUUUCCUUUUCUGAGUAAUGAAAACCAAAGUCUUUGCUGUCAUCCUGCUUGAAUAUUGUGAAAUGACAUGGUCCAUGUAUCUUUGGCAGUCUUGGGACAGAUGUAGCUCAUUCUCAAUGGGAGAGUAACACAAACCCAUUUGCGAUGGGUUCAUUGAAGAACAGCCUCAGUGAGAUUUAGUCUCCCAUCUUCAGCUGGUCUCAUAAAUUCAGGUGACUUAGAACUGUUCAGAGCAGGUGUCAAAAUAAACCCCUGUGCUGGGCUAUGCAUGGAUGCCACUCCUUGGCCCCAUUCCAUCCCACAAACCAAAUUUACACAUCCCCCUUGCCCUCCAGCUAUAAUAAUAAUGAUAAUGACAUUUAUUAAGCACUUACUAUGUGCAAAGCACUGUUCUAAGCACUGGGGAAGUUACAAGGUGAUCAGGUCCCACAGAGGGCUCACAGUUUUAAUCCCCAUUUUUACAGAUGAAGUAACUGAGGCACAGAGAAGUUAAGUGACUUGCCCAAAGUCACACAGCUGACAAUGGGCAGAGCCGGGAUAUGAGUCAGGUAGAUUCUGCCCUAUGUAUUCAUCCUGAUGGAAGAGUUUAGUGUUUCUUUGAUAAGCAACAACAACAAUUUCCCUUAGGAGCGCUGGUGAAUUUCAUAAUAACAUGCUAAAUAAAUUCCCUUGCCCUAUAUUGGAGAAUCAGAGGUUGGGAAUAAUGGAUUUCGUCUUUAAGCCUGCUCUUUGUGCCAUAAUUUCUAUGUUUCAGUGGAGGAUGGGUCAGGUUCAUUAAAGGCUUUGAGAGCACACUUAUUUAAUAUUUACAAAUGACAACAAAACUUUUGUUUUCUGAUGGGCUUAUUAAGGGAGAAGGAAAAUUUAAAAAUAUACUUUUGCUUUUAAAAAUGCAUUUCUCUCUGCAAGAUUAAGAUUUAUUUCAAUUAUUGGCAUAGUUGACCAAUUAUAUUUUUCUUUCUGUUACCAAGGUACUUGUAACUAUCUUGCACUGUUUAUCUGAAGUUGAAAUAUGUUCUUUGAAUCCUUGUAUAAAUAAAAGGCUGGAGACGUACAUCUAA